UCUAAACUUUAAUCUAUUCAAAUUAAUAAUUAGAUGAACAUUAUCUUAUAAAUUAUUUUAUUAAAUUUAAUUAUUUAUAUGAAAAAUGAUUGAAGAUGUAUGUCAUGAUUCUAAAUUAUUUAUAUCAAAAAGUCUUGACUUUAUACUAACCAAUAGUCAACUUUCUGAAACAAAUAUAGAUAAAAGAAAUAAUUUUUUAAAUAAAUAUGAUAAUUUUUCAAUCUUAUUACUGAAUGAUUAUAUAAAUAAUUUAACCGAAAGAUUAAAAGGGAUACAAUUAACGAGAUCACAAUUAUAUAUAUGUAAUAUAAUCCAUUUAUUAUGGAUGUAUAUACCACCAAUACUAUUUAUAUUUGGUAGUUUAGGUAAUGUUUUAUCAUUCAUUAUAUUACGACAUAUAUCAACUGGUUCUGUAACAAUAAUUCUUUAUUUAAUAGCACGUUCAAUUGUUGAUGAAAUAGUAUUAAUUGUUGGAUUAUUACGUAGAUGGAUUGAUAAAAUAUUUGAUACAAAAUUUGAAAAUACAUCAAAUUUUAUGUGUAAAAUGAUACAUUUUUGGGGUACAUCAUCAAGUUUAUUAUCCGUAUGGUUAACUGUAAGUUUAACAGCUGAACGUGCAUUAGUUGUUAGUUUUCCAUUACAUGUUUCACAAUGGAUUAGUUAUACACGUAUAAGAAAUAUGAUUAUCAUUUUAAGUAUAUUAUGUGUAAUAUUAAGUUUACAUUUUUAUUUUACAGUAGGUAUUACUUCAAAUUGUUUACAUGAAUUACAAAAUUCAUCAUCUUCUUCAUGGUUAACAACAAUAAAUCAAACGAUACAAAUCAAUUUAACUAUACCAUUUAUGAAACAUAAAACAAAAAUGAAAUGUUUUAAUCAAUGUACAAUUUUACCACAAUAUUCUACAUUAAAUUGGUAUUGGUCAUCAUUUGAUGCAAUUUUCUAUUCAUAUUUACCAUUUUGUUUAAUAUUUGGAUUUAAUAUUAUUAUAUUAAAAUCUGUAUAUCGUGCAAAUAAAGAACGUAAACAUUUACAUAUACAUCAAUGUAAAUUGAAAUAUUCAAGAAAUCAUAAUUCAUUAUCAUCAAUACCUACCAUAGUAACUAAAAAAUCAAUAAUCAAUCAUAAAAAUACAAAAAUUAAUGAAACUAAUUAUAAUAUAAAACAAUUAACUAUUAUUUUAUUGAUUAUUUCAUUUUUAUUUUUAUUUACAACAUUUUUUAUUGUAUUAAUUAAAAUUUUAGCACAAAUUAUUGAUUUACGCGGUAAAAAUAAAUUGAAUAUUAGAAUUAAUUUUUAUUUUAUUGAUACAAUAUCUGAAUUAUUUAUGUAUAUUAAUCAUUCAAUGAAUUUUUAUUUAUUUUGUAUAACAGGUAAAUUAUUUCGUAAAUAUUUAUUAUUAUUAUUAUUUAAUCAAUUUAAACAAAUUAAAUUUUAUUUUAAUCAAUUAAAUUUAAAAAAUCAUUAUCAUGAUAUAAGUUGUUCACAUAGCAACUAUUUUUCAUGUUUUUUUUCAUUAUGCUUUAAUAAUACAAAUAAUAAUCAAAUAUCAAAAAAAUUUGAAAUCAAUCAAAUUCAUACAAAAAAUUAUGAAAAUAAUACAAUUUUAUUAAAUACACAAAGAUUAAAUUUAUGUGAGAUGUCACAAGUUAAUGAAACACCAAGUAUUCAAGAUAAAAGUACAAUAAUGGAGAUAACAUCAUAUAAAUUAUAUACACCUUUAUUGAAUAAUUCAUCUAAUAUAUUCUUCAAUCAGAAUAUUGAAGAUAUUCAUGACUCUAGCACAAAUAAUAAUAAUAAUAAUACAUGUCUUCCUAAAUCAAGAGACAAACUCUAUAAUGAUAGUAAUAACAAUAAUAAUAAUAAUAAUAAACAAUUAAUACCAACAAUAAGUCACUUUUCUAAAAUCGGAAGAACUCGUAAUCAUGAUCGUCAACAACAACAACAACAACAACAGCUACAUGUCGGUAGAAAUUUAAGCUUUGACGAAAAUAAACAUAACAUUGAAGAUAAUCAAGAUCUAGACAUUUAUUUGAUUGAUGAAAUCAAAUAUUCAACAUUCAAAUCACCUAAACGACAAACAUCUAGAGAAUCUUUACAAACUAUAUAAUGAAAUGUAUUUUUUAUAGAAUAUAAAAAUUCAGAUUGUUUGUCCAAUCAAUACUUAUCUAGGAAUGUGUUUCAUCCAUCCUAGAUUUUAGUUUAUUUUAAAUGUUUACAUAAUUUUACCUUGAAUGUUUUUUUUAAUUGAAAUUAUAAGACUAAUAUUUGAACGGCGAAUAUUCUUUUCAAUAAAUUCUCUUCAGGUUCUACAAAUAUAUAUCCUAAAUAAUAAUCAGGGGAACUACGUUUAUUGUUUUCUGCUCGCCCAAUGGUGACACCGAGGCUUAAAGAUGAAUUACCUAGAAUGACCACCUCAUUUUUUAUUUAUCAGUUCGACUGCUCUUGUAGAUCAAGUUAAAUUGGUCGAAGUUCUAGGAAUUUA